GUAAAAGUGUACAAUUUUUGUGCACAGUAAAACAAAAAUAAUGAUUUCCCGACGCAUUAAUUCACAAUUGUGCAUUAGAAAUAAUAGUUUUCAAUCAAAAAUAUCAUGAUAGACGUGUCUUAGCUACGUUUAGUUGCGUGUAUGCAUUAAAAUGGACAAGAAAAAUGCCAUUAGAAGAGCCAAAAGGCCAUCAAAAGUGCUGGAAGAAAACUACUGGGAUUGUAGUGUUUGCACGUACAGGAAUAACGCGGAAGCUUUUAAAUGUUCCAUGUGUGACGUUAGAAAAGGUACAUCGACCCGCAAGCCUCGGCUCAACCCCGCUCUGGUGGCCGCACAAGCGUCCGGCACGGCGCCCACGGGCAGCUCGGUCCAGAAGCGGCCUCGAUCGGCGAACUCGUUCAAGAAGAAACGACGCCACCCGCCGAGACUCAACAACGUGGACCGCAGCUCGGCCCAAACCAGAGAGGUAACAGUGAGUGGCGUUACCGUUGUCAUAACCGAAUACAAACCGAAGAAAUCGGUUUCCAGCAGCUCGAGUGACGUUGAAUCUUCAAACGACGCGCGACCUUGAUCUCCAGUGCACACCCGAUCCCGCACCAGCAUAACAAAGCUCGCAACAUGACACCUUACUGGUGGUAGGACCUCUUGUGAGUCCGCACGGGUAGGUACCACCACCCCGCCUAUUUCUGCCGUGAAGCAGUAAU